AUGGCAGGCUCAUCCGGUUACAGGGCAGACAGCCCAAUCUCUACCACGAUUGAAGUCGACGACUAUGAUGAAUACAACGACAAGGACGAUCCGAAACGCCGCAUCUCGAACAUCACAACGACUUCGGUAUCUUCUUUUCCCGACUCGGCUUGGCCCUCUGAGUCUGAUGCACCUGGACCCUUCUAUCCGACUUCGAAAUCUCGACCAACCUAUCGUGUGGGAAGCCUCCGCCGCUCACCUCUACCUGAACGCCUGUCGCCAUCUUCGUUGCGACCUCCGAGACACACCUCUCAUCGUCCGAGAAGUAGAGGCGAGGGUGAUCGCCCUAGAAGUAGGGGGGAAGAUGGCCGUCCCAGAAGUAGGGAGGAAGAUGUCGUCCAUUACGGCCCUCAACCAGAGAUACCUGCCCCCUUAGUUCUACUGCACGUCACAGUGUUGCCUCCACGUCUACCUUGGAACCGCACUGUCCUCGAUGCAAUAUUGCCUCCAGAGCUCAAGAGGCAGUUUGGUGUGCUACGAGCAGCAACUUCAGGACUGGUGGCACAGAGAGGCAUUCUCAUCGCUCACCCAAGAGAAGAAUUUGAGUUGUUGGAAGAAAGUGUGCUCGAAGCAUUGGACCUGCUUCCUGAGCGUAUUGGCUACGACGGACAGUACAGACCACGGACACCAAACACGGUCACAGAAGGCGAGGCAAAUGACGAGGAGACAGAGAUGUCGAUCUGCAAUACCUGUCAACGAGUUCAUGUUGGUGAUGCUUGGUACACAAGAGUCUAUGCUGCCAAUGGUCUUAUGCGUGCCGGCGCUUGGAGCGCCUGUUUCUCUGAGAUGGAGAGGGUUGACUGCGAAGUUCGACCUUGCAUCUCGGAACAUAUCUGCCGAAGACUCGAUGAGAUGCAAUUGGCUGAGGACAUUGCUAAUCAACGAGGAAGCCACGAUCCUGCCACUCGGUCGAAACACGAACUACAAUCCGCCGGGAGACCGAAGCAACAACUGCAAUCUCAAAUUAUGGCGCCAGACCAAGGACAAGCAGCGGUGGUUACAGACCAGCAGCACAACCCAAACUCUCAAUCAAAGCCAUCCACUGUUUCCAGGCAUGCAACUGGCCCCUACAACGACCUGCCACCCAUCUACCAGGCCAAGGAUGUUCCACUGAGUCUUCUGUUACGCAACUACCUUUACCUUGUGCUUCGCGACCGUCGGAACCUUGCCAUCUUUUUCCUUGCCUUAACAUUACUAGCGUCUACAAUCUACGGCAUGCUUGCUCCACGGGAGUUUGUUGCAAAUGAGAUUAACCUGUCAACAAGCCAAGUACAAGCAGUGGACGAGCCCUCAAUCCCACCGGUUCCAAUGCCUAUGAUGGAUGUAGGCCAUGGAAAGAGACAUCCAAUGUGGAGGAAGGAUGACUCUGAGCCGCAGCUUGAUGAUGAUCACGCCAAGCUAUAUCUUGUUGGCAAGACGUCAGAUAUGGAACAAGACGCCGAGACUACGCCCAGAGGUGUUCCACAAGACCCAUCAAUCAGAACCACUGCUACUGCAACUGCAAGAGUUGCCGUCAAGAGCCUUCUCGCCUCCACUGAUGAUGGUGUUCUCCCUUUGCAGACCUCCGCCUUCUCAUCGGCUCUGGCGUUCCCGCCACUGCUCCAAGAGCUUGGUCAGUGCCCCCAAACGACUGGCAAACUUGAGCUCAAGUAUGCUACGAUGACGAAGGUAUCUGCCAGUUCCUUUUCUUUUUCGAAUUCUGAGAGCGUAAUCAGCGAGCGAGCGACUUUUGUGUAUUUACCUUUUCUUUCCUUCUUUGGCGUCGAAUGA